AGGAUCAAAUUCUUUUUAUUAUGUAAUGAACAUUUUACAUCCUUAAUUACAAUUAAGAAAAAAUAUUGUAAAAAAUAAAUAUAGUGGCCCUUUAUUUUCUAAUGGGGAAUGUACCUUUCAUAUGAUCAUAUUCAUAUCCAUGGGUGAUCGGAUUCUCCCUCAAAAUGUGACCCCAUCAUUCAAUUUCUUCUUUCACUUUCUUUUAUUCAAUUAAAUGUCUCUAAUUAUUAUUUUAUUGGGAGAUGUAAAUCUCAAUAGUGACCUUCACGUUGGCCUCUAAUUUUCUGAUAUUUCGGAUCAUCACAUGACCAUUUCCUCAACUUCCUCAAAUGAAAACUCCAUAAAACAAAGAAAGUUCCAGUCUUUCACUUCCUUAUAAUAUCAUCUAUCUUUAGCUCUUAAUCCUCUUUCCCCAUUUCUCUUGAUCAAUUUUCCCUCACCGUUUCUCUGUUCUUCUUGCUCUGUGUUUACCCAUUCAAACCAAUACAACCAAGCUAGGAUCUUUUAUUUCUUUUUUCGUUCUUUAAUCCUUUUCUUUUCCAUGCCCUUUUGCUCCCUUUAGUGGGUCUUUGUUUUCUUGGGUGUCUCAUUCGUCCAAAAAAUCACUAAAGACACGAACUUUCUCCACCUUUUCCCUAAUUUCCCCCAAUUUUGCCCGUUUUCUCCCAUCUGGGUUCCUCUCUUUUCGACACAAAGAUGGUGUCUUUCUCGAAAGAUAAGCCUUCCCUUCUGCUCAUUUCCUUCGUCCGUCCCUAAAGAGAUCCCAGUUUCUUCUCUGUUUGAAGGGGUUUGAAGGGACCUAAAGGGUUUUCUUUUACUUUUGCGUUUUGGUUUAUUUGUCCAUGAGUUGAUGUCUUUGGCUGUGUCGAGUUCAAGUAAUAUGGGUUUGGAUGGCAACAACCAGAAUGAAGAGAUUGACAAGCAGCAUGAAGAUGAAGGUGUAGAGAAGAUUUCAAAGCACAUGAGCCAAUCUUCCUUAGAUGGAGGUGGUGGUGGUGACGACGAUGAAGACGAUGAUGAAGUUGCCAAUAAGCUUGAGCUUGGUCCUCAGUAUACUCUCAAGGAACAGCUCGAGAAAGAUAAGGAUGACGAGAGCCUCAGGAAGUGGAAGGAACAGCUCCUCGGAAGUGUGGAUUUUGAGAAUAUUGGAGAAACGCUGGAGCCGGAAGUGAAAAUUCUCAGCCUAUCGAUUGUUUCGCCUGAUAGAGCUGAUAUCGUGCUGUCUAUCCCCGAGGAUGGGAAGCCAAAAGGUUCUUGGUUUACUUUGAAGGAAGGAAGCCAAUACAAGUUGAAGUUUGCCUUCCAAGUCAGCAACAACAUUGUAUCUGGUCUCAGGUACACCAACACUGUCUGGAAAACUGGUGUCAAGGUUGAUGGCACAAAGGAGAUGCUGGGUACCUUUAGUCCUCAGCCGGAACCUUACAUACAUGAGAUGCCAGAAGAGUCCACCCCAUCUGGCAUGUUCGCUAGGGGAUCAUAUUCUGCAAAAUCAAAGUUUGUCGAUGAUGAUAACAAAUGCUACUUGGAGAUUAAUUACACGUUCGACAUCAGGAAAGAAUGGGCACCCACCAGCUGAACCAGAAGUAGUGUUUUCCCCUCUUUACAAAGCGAAAGAUCGCCCUCGUCCUCAAUGAUCCCUCUCCUUUGCCCGGCUAACAUUUCUGGUUCCUAGUUUUUUUUUUUUUUUUUUUUUUUUUGAGAUUUCUCUCCCUCCCUCCUCCCUUCUCCGAUUUCCUUUUCCUUUAUUGAUUUGGAUCCAUGCACCUUAAGUUCAUUGUUCUGUUUUUUCCCCCCUGCAAUAGAGAGACGGAAAGAAAUUGUUUCACAAUGACCAUUAAUAAAGGGAACUGUUCUGAAGUUCUGGCUUCCAAAAUUCUAACCUUUCUUGGUUUCACUUGUGGAAACAUCAAAAUGAAGGCCAGAACCAGCAUCCCUUUGAUAAAUGGUACAUUUAUUCUUGAUCUUCUUGGUGUUGUGUUAGAUUAGGUAUUCCACAGGUCAGCAAAAAAGAAAGGUGCAUGGCUAGACUGCUUGAAGAUGAAUAGAUCAGGAAUUUGUGG